CAAGGACAAACACAAGUCCGAACCGGCCAGGGAAUUCUCACGUCAUUGGUUGACGAUACACGAUACCUUACGAAAAUAGGAGAUACGAUAGGAGUCAUAGGACACCCUUGUGAUUGUACUUCCUUUCUUUGCAUAAUUAUCCACCACCCACCCUAUCCUCCCAUCCCUUCCACCCGAGCUGUACUCAUGCACAAUCACUACACCGGUGCCUUCAGGACCUUCGCCUCAAUUGUCAACACCAGAAUCACCUGCCUCCCCCAAGUGCACGUCGCCGGAUCCCGAUUCCCCACGGUCCCGGCAGCAGCAGUAGCAUCGCCACUCGCUCCCCUCAUUCAUCGCUGGCACCGCAUCCGAACCAUGGCCUCCUCCGCCGCCGCCGCAUCGAAGCGCCUAGAAGGCAAGACCAUCGUCAUCACGGGCGCGUCGAGCGGCAUCGGUCGCAGCACGGCGUUCGAAUUCGCCCGCACGGCGCCCCAGAACCUCAAGCUCGUCCUGACGGCCCGUCGCGUCGACGCCCUCCGCCAGAUCGCAGCCGACAUCACCAAGGAGGUCGGCGACGGCGUCAAGGUCCUGCCCGUCCAGCUGGACGUCAGCAACCCCGAGGCCGUGCGGGGUUUCGUUUCCGGGCUGCCGGAAGAGUUUCGGGACAUUGAUGUGCUCGUCAACAAUGCGGGCCUCGUGAAGGGUGUCGCGCAAGCGCCCAAUAUCGCGGAAGAGGACAUGGACGUUAUGUUCCAAACCAACGUGACCGGUGUCAUCAACAUGACGCAGGCCGUCCUGGCCAUCUUCAAGCAGAGGCCUGAAGGUGGUGCUGGCGACAUUAUCAACGUCGGGUCGAUUGCCGGGCGAGAUCCAUACGCAGGAGGGUCCAUCUACUGCGCGACCAAGGCGGCGGUGCGCAGCUUCAGCGAGAGCUUGAGGAAAGAGCUCAUCGCGACGCGCAUCCGCGUCAUUGAGAUUGACCCUGGUCAAGUCGAGACGGAAUUCUCUGUUGUCCGGUUCUACGGCGACAAGUCCAAGGCCGAUGCUGUCUAUGCUGGAUGCGAACCCCUGACGCCGGACGACAUUGCCGAGGUCAUCGUCUUCGCGGCAUCUCGCAGACAGAACGUCGUUAUCGCGGACACGCUCAUCUUUCCCAGCCACCAGGCCGGUGCUGGUGUUUUGCACAGGAAGAGCACCUAAAUGUAUGAAGUAGAUAGACCAUAGCAUAGGUACCUAAGUUACACAACAUAUACAGAAACUAC